CUCGUAAACACGACACCAAACUCCUAUCUGCUGUCUUCUUUCCCAUCGCCUUCUUCCUCUGAACCACAAACUAAUACCUCCUUAAACAUCAUUUUAAUACAAUAAAUAUCAAAUUAAAAUAUUUAAAAAAAGUAGGCAAAGCCGCAAAGGAAAACAAAACAAGGGGCGAAACCUUAAUUCCAUCAAAAUAAUUCAAAGGAAAAUAUCUGCAGAAUCAUAAUGGAGAAUUAUCUCUUUCUGUUCUCGCUUGUUCUUCUCUUUGGUCUUUUACCCUUUUCCUCUCAAACCCCAAACCCUAAAAACCCCAAUCCCAAACCUCCGCUCACCCAGGCACACACCGAGCUUAUAAACUAUGGUUUUCCGAUCGGUCUUCUUCCGGCCUCGGUGACGAAGUACACUCUUAACCAAACAUCCGGUAACUUCGCCAUUGAUCUCGGUGGCACGUGCAAGAUCACGCUCCCGCCUGACAACUACCUGGCUACUUACUCGAAGCGGGUAACGGGGAAGAUUGAAAACGGAAAGAUAGCGGAACUCGAUGGGAUCAGGGUCCGGGCUUUGUUCAAAUGGUGGUCCAUAACCGGGAUUAGAUCCAGCGGGGAUAAUUUGGUCUUUGAAGUUGGGAUGGUUACGGCUAAAUAUCCUGCUAAGAACUUUGAUGAAAGCCCUCUCUGUGAAGGCCGUCAUUCGUCUUCUUAAAAAGCUAAAACCAAAGUGAAAAAUAAAGGGCUUCUCAGUUUGCUGCAAGGAUUAAGUUAUUACGUACAUGUUCUGUAAUCGUAAGUAUGUUUGUCUCGUCUAAGACUAAACAAGUCCUUUGUGAUCUUCAGAUGUUUGUUGGAUCUAAGACUAAAUCAAUAGAACAAUUAACGUUA